AUGGCGACGCGAAGCAAACGCAAAAGAACUCACAUCCUCAUCCAGCUACCAGCUGGCGUGCGUAAGCAGCAUCGCCUCAGCGAAUCCCCCUCAUCCUCCUCUGAGAAUAAUAGCAGCGAUAGUGACAACAGCUCGGAUUCGGACAGCAGUGGCGAUAACAACUCCAGCAGCUCAGACAGCGAGGCUGAAGCUGAGAACAGCAGUGUGUCUAUAGCAGCACCGCGGAAUACCUGUGCUAAGAAGGCCAUCGCCGGAGCUGAGGAGGAACCGCGACCGCUUACUGCUACCGUUAUGCCAUGCCCCAAACCUGUUCUACCGCAACCACCAAAGCCAGUAGUCAUUGUUCCGCCUCGACAGUCCACGUCAUCUGCUCAAGAAACGGACUCCGUUGCUGCCGACGAUGAAAAGGACGCAGAAGAGCAUGGCACCAAUGAACUUACUUCGAGUACCGGUGCCUGCUGCUGA